UGUCAGAUAAACUUUUUCGCAGAAGAUAAAAAUGACUUCGCGGUCUGCCAUGGAAGGUUCUGGCUUCAUGGAGGCCAUGUUCCUCCCUCGCUAUGAGGUCAACCCUGACAACAAGAACGGCAUCAUGGCUAUCGAGAACCAGGCCCUGGUGCAGCACACCAGCUUCGCCUCCAUGCUGGGGAGGGUCAUAGGGCUGCUGCAGUAUGUGGGGCUCAUAGGCAAUAUCAUGGUCCUGUUCUUCUGUAUCCAGCGGGUCGCCCCCAGCAUGGGCCGGGCAGGCAUCAUCAACCUGGCCGUGGCAGACGUUCUGCAGUCAGCGGUCAACAUAGCGGUCUUGAUGCGCACCUCCCUGGUCCCCAACCCGGAGGAAAGCGAGCCGCUGUUUCACACGGAGACCUUCGGCUGUGACUUCCUGGCGUGGUUCCGACUCUACACCGGGUCAAGUAGCAACCACUUCUCCACGGCUAUGGCUGUCAUACAGACUAUCGCAAUUGUCAAGUGGUCCAGAGGGGGGCACCCUCACCCUGCUAACUGGAAGAUCAUCACUUUCGGACUGGUGUGGCUGAUCAAUCUAGCAAUCACCCUCCCUCCGCUUGUGAAACUGUGGGGAGCCUUCACAUACUUCAAGGACAUCGGUCACUGCUACAUCAGCUUCGAUGCAGACGACUCGAAAACGCGGCUAGAUUGGGGGUAUAUCAUCUUCUUCAUGCUGACACAGUACAUUUGCCCGGUGGUUGUGCUGGUGGUUUGUUACGUCACCACAUUUGGCACCAUCUAUUGCAACAGCUACAUGCGUGGCCUCUCUCGCAAGCGCAGUGGGGUGGAGGAAGACGAGAACGGGAACAGUUCCAUCAUGAUCAAAACCUUCUUCGCGCUGACGCUGUUCCAUUACACCGUGUUCGAGUACCCCUCCUCCCUGACCGGUGGUUCAGUCCGCCGUCACCAGGUGGAAGUGUACGUCACGCCGGGUACGUCACGUGACGGUGAUGACGAGGCGUCGGUGGGCGGCGGGUCCCUCCCCAGCCCGGACCCGUCUCCGGCCCGCUCCAUGCCGAACGGACGCGCCUCGCCUGCAGGGCCCACUUUCGUCAGGGAGGGGCGGCCGCCCAGCGCCCUGACGAACGGGGGGCCCGCCAUGACACCCAUCCCGCGGGUCAAUGCUAGGAAAAACCCGCUGCCCGAUUUGUGA